UCUUAACGAAAUAUUCCGAACGUCACAGAGACAAAAGCAAACUGAAACUGAGAGAUGGGGAUUUCACAAUCAGCAUCAAAGCGGGUGGCUACCACGUUAACCAACUCGUCUGAGUUCAACUCAGCAUGCGACUCAGCCUACACCCACUGCCUCUCCCUAACGGAGCAAGCUUUCCCUGGAGUCCUUCCUUACCAGCUCUUUACAGCCGCCACCCACCUCCACCAAACCCUCACUUCCCUCCAUCCCCACCCUCUCAUCCUCCGCUGGGUCCCUGAUCCUCCCACUCGCUCCCAAGUCGACUCAGCCUUACGAGUCAUAACUAGCCAUCAACGUAAUCCCCGGAACGAUGAAGAACAGCUGGUCCUCGGCGCGACCCAGUUCAGGGAAUGGGCAGUGGUGUUAUUCGCCGAUGCCGUGGUGGGAAACGCCGGCAAGGCAGUUUUGAAACGAGUGCCGGUUGGGGUUCUGGGUAUUGUGGGGAUUGGAGCGGCGGCGAGGUCUGGAAAGGAGGUUGUUGGGGCCGCAAUUGGGGUGUACGCCCUUGGUGUCGCUACUUCAAUUUACCUUAGCUUGUCUGGACGACCUUUAUGGAAAACUAAAUACUUCUUGCCUGCCAAUCUCUGCCUUGGUGUCACUAGCCAUUACCUUAUGAUGCCUGCCUGUUGCCUUCCAGUAUCCUUCCUUGGUGACUCUGUUGAUCAGUUUACCAUUGUGGUACUUGUAAUUCAAUGUGUAGAUGAAAUACCAAACCUUACAGCCUGGCUGCAGCACUGAAAGCCCUGGGAAACAUGUUUACACACACUCUCACAAACACAUGGGAAUAUACUGUGUCAAUUAACAGACAAGUUUAAUCACGAUCCAAGUACUUACCAGAUAUCCGAUGAGUUCUUCAUCUGAUGGUCAGAAUCCAUAUCCCCUUAUAUUGCUCAUUUCAUCAAAAUCUAUAUCAACUAGAAAGAAGUGAAGAGUAUUGAAUUCAGUUUGAUAGGGAGCAACAAGAUCAUAUUUAUCACACGGUGAAGGUGAGAUUGCUUCCUUGCUACUUGGCUGUGUAAAAUUCUUUGGUGAAUCCCACUUACCGCGUCUGUUUGUUUCAAUUUUCACCCUUCAAAGAUUAAUGAAAGCUUAGUCGGUUUUUUAAGCCUUUUCCCGGCAAUUUCUUGUCCAUGCGUUCAGAUUCUGCCUAACCAUAUUCAAGCAGGGUGAUAAAGGAAAAUGCGUGUUUUUUUUUUUCUCUCCCUUUCAAGACGUUUAA